GUGUGUGUGUGUGCACGCCCCUGAGUCACACAGGAGAGAGGGAGAGAGGUCCUACAUCAGCCUCAGCAGCACAGGGAGAGGUUUGGAGGAUGAACACUUCUCCUACUGCCUGACAGCACUUUUCUCUCAGCCAGACAUGCACCCAAACAAACAGUUCCUUCAAGGAUCUUACAGCACUGACCGGCUGAGCAGACUUACUGGAUCACUUGUAUAUGUGCAACUUGCUGUAGCUCACGAUGCAUGAAUCCCACUUAAAGAAACAUGCCAACCUACUCCUGUGACUGAUCUCUCCAUUGCGUGUACACAUAAGAGGAUUUAAAAAAAAGAGGGGAGGGAGAGCAAGCACCAAGCAGAAGAAGAAGAAAAAACUCUUAGCACUUUUAUUCUUACACUGAAGCUAUCAGCACACUCGCCUCCUUUUGGUUUACUACUCCUUUUUGAGGAGAGGAAGGAGAGAGGAUUAUUAUACUGUUGCCUCCUGGGAUGCGUUGCCCAGCAGAGUAAGGAUAGAAGCAGUGUGUGUGUGAGUGCUGCUGGGUGCCUUUUGUGGUACAUGUGUGUGCAGCGUGCAUGGUGCUGGGUUCAUUCAUCACUUGGCUGGAAGGAGAAGAGUGCUGGACAGUAAUCACAGGCUGCUCCUCUAUCACUCUGGAUUAAACCUUCAGGAGAGGAGGCUGGAGGAAUCUGGGCAGCUGCAGACUGGCAACCAGCAUGAACAGGCUGUAAAAAAGUGCAUUUGAAAACAUCUAAGUACACACACAUUGGCGUGUGAGCCAUUGAACUAAAGGCUUCCAAAGAAUGCAGGUGCCAAGCUGUCAGAUGAUGUAUGUGACCAGGCCGGUGUUGGUAGUACUUCUGUGCUUCCUCCUCCAUGCUCAUGCUGAAAUACCACCUAGGUUCACAAGAACCCCCGUUGAUCAAAUAGGUGUAUCGGGAGGUGUUGCAUCUUUUAUCUGCCAAGCUACGGGUGAUCCAAGGCCAAAAAUUGUGUGGAACAAAAAGGGAAAAAAAGUCAGCAACCAGAGAUUUGAGGUAAUAGAAUUUGAUGAUGGAUCUGGUUCCGUCCUCAGGAUACAACCAUUACGAACACCAAGAGAUGAGGCUAUUUAUGAAUGUGUUGCCUCAAACAGUGUUGGAGAAAUUAAUAUGCCCACAAAGCUCACAGUAUUACGGGAGGACCAAAUUCCUCGUGGUUUUCCCACCAUAGAUAUGGGCCCUCAGUUGAAGGUGGUUGAACGUACACGCACAGCCACCAUGUUAUGUGCAGCCAGUGGAAAUCCUGAUCCGGAAAUAACUUGGUUCAAAGACUACUUGCCUGUAGACACGAGCAACAAUAAUGGGCGCAUCAAACAGUUACGAUCAGGUGCACUACAAAUAGAGGAGAGUGAAGAAUCGGACCAAGGCAAAUAUGAGUGUGUUGCAACUAACAGUGCUGGGACCCGCUAUUCUGCUCCGGCCAAUCUAUAUGUAAGAGUUCGUCGAAUUGCUCCAAGGUUUUCUAUUCCACCUACGAAUCAUGAAAUAAUGCCUGGUGGAAGUGUCAAUAUCACUUGUGUUGCAGUAGGGUCCCCAAUGCCCUAUGUAAAGUGGAUGCUUGGGGCAGAGGAUCUAACUCCUGAGGAUGAUAUGCCAAUUGGAAGGAAUGUUCUUGAGCUUACAGAUGUUAGACAAUCAGCAAAUUAUACAUGUGUUGCUAUGUCCACCCUUGGAGUUAUAGAAGCAAUAGCACAAAUAACUGUUAAAGCCUUACCCAGACCUCCAGGAACUCCUGUAGUGACAGAAAGCACUGCUACCAGUAUUACAUUGACAUGGGACUCUGGCAAUCCUGAGCCUGUUUCUUAUUAUAUAAUCCAACACAAACCAAUGAAUUCAGAAGAACAGUAUAAAGAAAUUGAUGGUGUAGCUACAACACGGUACAGUGUUGCAGGGCUGAGCCCAUACUCUCAGUAUGAGUUUAGAGUUGUUGCUGUAAACAACAUUGGACGGGGCCCACCCAGUGAGCCAGUGAUUACCAGAACCUCAGAGCAAGCUCCAUCAAGUGCUCCUCGAAAUGUGCAAGCACGCAUGCUGAGCUCAACCACUAUUUUAGUUCAAUGGGAAGAACCUGAAGAACCAAAUGGACAGAUCCAGGGCUAUAGAGUUUAUUACACUAUGGAUCCAAGUCUGCAUACAAAUAGCUGGACUAAACAUAAUGUAGCUGACAGUCAAAUAACAACUAUAGGGAAUUUAGUACCUCAAAAAACAUAUUCAGUAAAAGUCUUGGCAUUUACUUCCGUUGGGGAUGGACCUCUUUCUAAUGAAAUGCAAGUCAUAACUCAGACAGGAGUUCCUAGUCAACCACUAAACUUUAAAGCUGAACCAGAAUCAGAAACAAGUAUAUUGCUUUCCUGGACACCGCCACGUUCAGACACUAUCACAAACUAUGAGCUGUAUUAUAAAGAAGGUGAACAUGCAGAAGAGCAGGUUAUAACUAUCGAGCCAAGCACGUCAUACCGCUUGCAAGGUCUGAAGCCAAACAGCUUGUACUAUUUCCGCCUGGCUGCUCGUGCUUUACUAGGACUUGGUGCUUCUACUGCAGAAAUUUCAGCCAGAACAAUGCAGUCAAAGCCAUCCGCUCCUCCACAAGACAUAAGAUGUAACAGCCAAAGCUCUACCAGCAUCUUGGUAAGUUGGCUUCCUCCACCUAUGGAAAAACAGAAUGGAAUUAUUACUGCAUAUUCCAUCAAAUAUACUGGAGUUGAUGGAGAAGAUGACAAACCUCAUGAUAUUCUGGGCAUUUCUUCAAAAGCUAAACAAUACCUUUUAGAACAACUGGAAAAAUGGACCCAAUACCAUAUCUCUAUGACUGCCUACACUGAUGUCGGACCAGGCCCUGAGAGUCCUCCAAUAUUGAUUCGGACAGAUGAAGAUGUUCCUAGUGGUCCUCCUCGCAAAGUCGAGGUUGAGGCUGUCAACUCCACAUCUGUUAAAGUCUCCUGGCGUUCACCUGUGUCCAAUAAACAGCAUGGCCAAAUACGAGGUUACCAAGUGCAUUAUGUGAGGAUGGAAAAUGGAGAACCAAAAGGUCAACCCAUGCUGAAGGAUGUUAUGCUGGCUGAUGCACAGUGGGAAUAUGAUGAUACUACUGAACAUGAAAUGAUAAUUUCUGGACUGCAGCCUGAAACAACAUAUUCUAUAACAGUUACAGCCUACACCACAAAAGGAGAUGGAGCUCGAAGCAAACCUAAAGUUGUGUCUACAAGUGGUGCAGUUCCAGGUAAACCUCGACUUGUCAUUAGCCACACUCAGAUGAACACUGCUCUUAUUCAGUGGUAUUCUCCCAUGGAAACCUAUGGCCCACUCACAGGUUAUCGAUUAAGGUUUGGCCGCAAAGACUUGGACAUGCUUACAACUCUAGAAUUUUCAGAGAAAGAGGACCACUUUACAGCCACAGAUAUCCAUAAAGGAGCUUCUUACAUUUUUAAAUUAUCAGCCAGCAACAGAGUAGGAUAUGGGGAAGAGAACAUAAAAGAAAUUUCUGUUCCAGAGGAUAUACCAACUGGAUUCCCUCAAAACCUACACUGUGACAGCACAUCCUCAACCUCAGUUCAGAUAACUUGGCAACCUCCUAUAUUAGCAGAAAGAAAUGGAGUAAUAACAAAAUAUAUUCUGCAGUACAGGGAUAUCAAUCUACCAUACAAUCCAAUUGAAGUGCCCAUUGUUCCAGCUGAUACAAUAUUGACUCUCACCGGGUUAAAGCCUGAUACCACAUAUGAUGUUAAAAUACGUGCAUAUACAAGCAAGGGUCCUGGUCCUUUUAGUCCAAGUGUCCAGUUCAGGACACUUCCAGUAGAUCAAGCAGUGUUUGCAAAAAAUUUCCACGUGAAAGCAGUGAUGAAAACAUCGGUUUUGCUGUCAUGGGAGAUUCCAGAGAAUUAUAACUCUGCUUUGCCCUUUAAAAUUUUAUAUGACGAUGGUAAAAAGGGUGUUGAAAUUGAUGGUCAUGUGACUCAGAAACUCAUCACAAAAUUAAAGCCUGAGACUUCCUACUCAUUCGUUCUUACUAACCGGGGAAACAGUGCUGGAGGCCUACAGCACAGAGUGACAGCAAAGACAGCACCUGAUGUUUUACGCACCAAGCCUAUUUUUAUUGGGAAAACCAAUUCUGAUGGAAUGAUAACUGUUGAACUGCCGGAUGUCCAAGCAAAUGAAAAAAUAAAAGGCUAUUAUAUUGUUAUUGUCCCUUUGAAGAAAUCACGUGGAAAGUUUGUGAAACCAUGGGAAAACCCUGAUGAAAUGGAACUCGAUGAGUUGCUCAAAGAAAUUUCAAGGAAGCGAAGAAGUGUCAGAGUGAGAAGGGAAGCUGAUCUGAAACCAUAUAUUGCUGCUUAUUUUGAUGUUCUACCUACGGAAUUCACCCUUGGAGACCAGAAACCAUAUGGCCGUUUCGAAAACAAACAACUCCAAAAUGGGCAAGAAUAUGUAUUUUUUGUCCUGGCUGUCAUAGAGCAUACAGAAUCCACAAUGUAUGCCACAAGCCCAUACUCUGAUCCAGUUGUUUCAAUGGAACUUGACCCUCAACCAAUGACUGAUGAGGAAGAAGGACUUAUUUGGGUGGUUGGGCCAGUUCUUGCAGUUGUGUUCAUAAUCUGUAUUGUUAUUGCUAUACUUCUUUAUAAGAGGAAAAGGACAGAUCCGGACUCUAGGAAAAGCAGCUUACCCAACAAUAAAGAGAUCCCCUCUCAUCACCCUACUGACCCAGUAGAACUUAGACGUCUUAACUUUCAAACUCCUGGUUCAGAUGUUUCCGGUUACCCUGGUAACCUUCAUUCUUCAAGUAUGGCCAGUCACCCUCCCAUUCCUAUCCUGGAACUUGCAGAUAACAUUGAACGAUUGAAAGCUAAUGAUAAUCUAAAGUUUUCACAAGAAUACGAGUCUAUUGAUCCAGGACAACAAUUCACAUGGGAGCACUCUAACCUGGAAGUUAAUAAACCAAAGAAUAGAUAUGCAAAUGUAAUUGCAUAUGAUCACUCAAGAGUUUUACUUUCAGCAAUUGAAGGUAUACCAGGAAGUGACUAUAUCAAUUCCAACUACAUUGAUGGUUAUAGAAAACAGAAUGCAUAUAUAGCAACACAAGGACCUCUUCCAGAAACAUUUGGAGAUUUUUGGAGAAUGAUGUGGGAACAACGCAGUGCAACUGUUGUAAUGAUGACAAAACUGGAAGAAAGGUCUAGGAUAAAAUGUGAUCAGUAUUGGCCCAGCCGGGGAACAGAAACCUAUGGCCUUAUCCAGGUGACUUUGCUGGAUACUGUAGAGCUGGCAACCUACUGUGUCAGGACGUUUGCACUUUAUAAGAAUGGAUCUAGUGAAAAGCGAGAAGUAAGGCAGUUCCAAUUUACUGCAUGGCCGGAUCAUGGAGUUCCAGAACAUCCUACGCCAUUCUUAGCUUUCCUAAGACGUGUCAAAACUUGUAAUCCUCCAGAUGCAGGGCCGAUGGCUGUACAUUGCAGCGCUGGAGUUGGCAGGACUGGCUGCUUCAUAGUAAUAGAUGCUAUGCUCGAGAGAAUAAGGCAUGAAAAAACUGUAGAUAUUUAUGGUCAUGUAACUUUAAUGCGAGCUCAGAGAAAUUACAUGGUUCAAACAGAGGACCAAUACAUCUUUAUCCAUGAUGCACUGCUGGAGGCGGUGACAUGUGGAAAUACCGAAGUGCCAGCUAGAAACUUGUAUGCAUAUAUUCAGAAACUGACACAGAUAGAACCUGGAGAGAAUGUCACAGGGAUGGAGUUAGAAUUUAAGCGUCUUGCUAGUUCAAAAGCUCACACGUCAAGAUUCAUUAGUGCCAAUCUUCCAUGUAAUAAAUUCAAAAAUCGCCUUGUUAAUAUUAUGCCAUAUGAAUCUACAAGGAUAUGUCUACAGCCAAUACGUGGUGUGGAAGGGUCAGACUACAUCAAUGCAAGUUUUAUUGAUGGAUACAGACAACAAAAGGCCUAUAUAGCUACACAGGGUCCCUUGGCAGAAACAACAGAAGACUUCUGGAGAAUGCUAUGGGAGCACAACUCAACGAUUGUUGUCAUGUUGACAAAACUUCGAGAAAUGGGCAGAGAAAAAUGCCAUCAAUAUUGGCCAGCUGAACGAUCUGCAAGGUAUCAAUAUUUUGUAGUAGACCCAAUGGCAGAAUAUAAUAUGCCACAGUAUAUACUGCGGGAAUUCAAGGUUACAGAUGCCAGGGAUGGUCAGUCAAGAACAGUUAGACAAUUUCAGUUUACUGACUGGCCUGAACAAGGAGUGCCAAAGUCCGGAGAAGGGUUUAUUGACUUCAUAGGACAAGUGCAUAAAACAAAGGAGCAAUUUGGUCAGGAUGGUCCCAUCUCUGUCCACUGCAGUGCUGGUGUUGGAAGAACUGGAGUAUUCAUAACCCUGAGUAUUGUAUUAGAAAGAAUGAGAUAUGAGGGUGUUGUAGAUAUCUUCCAGACUGUCAAAAUGUUGCGAACACAACGGCCAGCUAUGGUGCAGACAGAGGAUCAAUAUCAAUUCUGCUAUCGGGCCGGGCUUGAGUAUUUGGGCAGCUUUGACCACUAUGCAACGUAAAAUCUCUAACCGAACCCGGAAUUUUCCUGCAGGCCCUUCAAGAUCCAGAGAGCCUCUUCUGAGCCAUACCGUGUGCUUGAGAAGUAUUUCUUAACUCCUAGCUAAAGACCAAUUAAUUGGAAAAUAAAAAACAAAAACAAAUACAUGAUAUCUGGGUGGACCAAGCAAUCACAAUUUAAUAACCUAAUCUAAAGAAGUCCUGACAGAGGAAACAUCUGAAGAAUUACAUUCACCAACAGCUGUUUCAAGGAUUUAGCCUCAGUUGAUAUUAAAAUAAAGAAGACGAGAUUGCAAAGAUCCAUUACUGUACUUUGUCUGGGAUUGCAUGAUUGUUGGAAGAAGAAUCUUAGGAACAAUACAGUUCAGCACAAGAUGUUUAAUUGGCUAACUUUUGGCUCAUUAGGCAAAUGGAAUCUUUGCUUCUAUCUCAAACCUUCUCUCCGCAAUGACAAUAACACAUUAGAGAUAUAAAUGGGCGGGAAAUGUUUAAACAAAGUCAUUUAUUUAGUUUUUUAGUAUUGUAAAGAUACUGCUGACCUGUGCUUCAUUAUUAACUGUGUAAAUUUUUUUUCCUUUUUUUUUUAACAAAAGUUUAUAAAGAAGUGAAUAAAACAUUGCAUAACUGUUGAUUUUUGAUCCAGAAUUGUAUUUUUUUUAAUACAGUAGAACUGUUUAAAGUAUUAUAUCUUAUUAGAAGUACUAAAUAAUUCAAACUUUUGUGCGUACACGCACAAUACUGACUUAUUUACAGUACCACAUUUUAACAUAUAUUUUGCAGAUUUUCCCAUGUUUAAUGUUCUAUAUUUUCCAAUGUAUUAAAGACAAGCUUUUUGUUCAUGUUAUGUUUGGAAUCAACAGGGAGGCGCAAAGUAUAAAGCUGCUGCAAACAUACAUAAAAAAAUAUAUAUAUAUAUAUUUCCAUAUUUGUUCUUACAUAAUUUCAAUUUUGUUACUUAAUGGGAAGUAUUUUAAGAACCAUAUGGCCAUGUUUAUGUCUAUAUGGACCUUUACCUCUCCAAGGUUUGUUAUUUUUUCCCCCAAUAUUAUUCAUAAGGAAAAAAGGAAUGCACAUCGAUGAUGUUCUAGGUUCAUCCCAGUAUGUUACACCCAUCACACAUGCACAGAAAUUGUAUGUACUUUGUAUUGUUAAGGCUUCCACUGCAGUCUGAUAUUUUUAACACUUUAGUGCAAUAAAGAACCAUCUUGUAUAUUAUACAGGAUAUGUGCAUGCAAGGAAGUUUAGCGUUUAUCGAAGGGAAAUAUAUUGUAAUAUAUCAUGUAUGAAAAGAUUUUCAUGAAAAUUGUAUCCAAUAAUUAUAACAUUUAUUCUCUGUGGUAUAUGACCUAAAAUGUCAGUUGUAUGAUAUGUAAAAAUAAGGGCAAAGCCAAAAAUGACUGCUCUGCUUAUUAACUAGUUUUGUGUCACAGCAGUUUUUAAAUGCUGUAUUUUGUUUUGAUUUUUUGCAUUUAGAGUGCCUUAUAUUUAAAGCUUUUCAAAUACAUUUAUUUGAGCUUUUAAUCUGUCUGCAUUCUCAUAUUGCAUCUUUAAUUUCUCCUUAUUUUGGGAAGUAUUUGAAUACUGCUUACAUUUUGAGUAUUCUCAUUGAAUGUGGUAUGCACUCCUAUUAUUAUUAUUAUUUUUUUUUACCAAUAACAGUAUGCAAAAGCUGAAUAAAUAUUUUCAAGGAAUUUUUAUAUUGAUAGGACUAUUACUCCUAAAAAUUCAGUAAAGACAGAAUUUAUAAUAUGUAUGCACCUUGGUCAGUUUAUAUUUUUAGCAAUUUACCUUGAGCAAAUCACUAUAUUUACUUUUUUAUUUCUAUAUUUUUCUCAACAGAAUGAUUUGCUUUUAUGCAAAACACUUUAUUUCAGGAAUGAAGCUUUCUGUUUUAACAGCACAAACAUUUUCACAAUCUAGUUUAUCAAACAUUUAAUCCCUUGUAAAUCCAUCUACACCAAGGAAAUAAAAACAUUGCAAAGGAGAAGCUUGAAGUGAAAAUUCCUAUUUUUUUUUUUUACCUCAAUAAUGUUUUUAAUACAUAUUCACCUCAUGCUUGGCGGCCAUUUUGAAAAUCAAACUCUAAUUAAGGGUUAUGUCAGAGCACUUUUAUAUUAAAUAUCAAUAAUAAUAGAGGCUACCUCGGAUUCUAAAAACUAUAAUAAAACUAGAAAAAAAGAAUGUGCACUUCUUGGGGUUGUAGUACUUUUUUUUUCAAUUAAUAAUGUGCUGUGUUAACCAAAUUUAUGUGAGAAAUGAAAGUAAACUCAUCUCAGUAUCUAUUACCAAAAUAUCAUAUUUUUCUAUUCACAUUUCAGCAAAAUAAACAUAUUUUUAUUUAGAGAAAAGGCAGUUUACAUAAAUCUUACACUUUUAUUAUCUUUUAUGUAGAGUAGUGUUCAGCAAUCAUUGAUGUGCAUUCCACUUUCUGUUUAUAGUCUGUAUAUUUAUGCUACUUUUUAAUUAUAAAGCAUCCUUAUCUACAGAAGUAACAUCAAAAGCGGAAAAUGCAUUUCUUGUGCAUUAUUGGUACGGUGCUAUUAUUUACCUAUAUCGGUGUAGUUAUGUAUAAUUUUGUAAUUAGUUACAUUGGGAAAAAAUCUAUAUAUAAACAUGCUUUGUACAGAACUUCAUUUUAGCUCUGCUUUUUUUUUUUUCUUUAUGACCUGCAUGGUUGAACAUUGGAGACAAUAGCUGGGUGGAGGGCCCUUUGGGGAGAAUUGCACUUUCUAUACCUUUGUACUAUGCACUGCCCUAUUGAUUCUACACCCAAUAAUGAUAUUACUUGAACCCAUCUUUAAAAACUGCUUCUGAAAAUCACUUGUGUGUGUGUAAAUAACACAACUUUUAAAGAGACAGAAAAAAAAGAAUUUUAUGUUUAGAAAAGUGCAGAUACUAUAUUUUACCCUUUGUUCCUUUUACAGCCAGAAAGAUGUGUUGAAAAAAAAAUCUAAAAAGCCUCAUUGGCAUCUAAUGUGGUUAAUGUUCUGAUACUCCAAACCUUAUAUGAAAGUCUGCUGAUAUCAUAUUUUCCAUCUGUUUUGUGGCUUUGCCAUUCAAGCUUGGAGUGUCUUUAAAAAAAAAAAAUACAAAUUGUGUUCUUUGCUUUCAUUUGGAUGCAUAGACUAAAAAAAAGAAAAAAGUAUUAAAAAACAAACUUGUAAAAUGGCUUGUUAAAAAUACAAUUACCUCUAAUUAGCAGUACGCGUAAAUGUUUUACAAGAUGAAAGGCGUGCUUUUUAUUUUCUUACUUCGUUACAUUGGUGGCGAAAGAAGUCUGUAUGAAAAUCAGUUCUUUGCUGACACAAGUUCCAUUUGUUACAAAUGAAUUCUAAUAAAAAUAUCAGUGUUAUGCA